UAAGAGAUGUAGAGAAAAAAACCCAAAUCCUAACAUGUUUAACAAACUGCUCUAUUCCUUCAUAUGCCUUUUACAUGGUAUUACAAGGUUGGACUAUGAACUAUGUUUAAAAUCUUCGAGAAGCCAAGGUGUUUUAAGACAUCGCACUGAGAGUGUUGGGUUGUAAAAUCUACUUACCAAAUGAAAGUUAAAUGACUUCUUGACAAAACGGCCUUGUGAAGUUGUAUCUCAGUAGAGCAGGGGAGAAUGGGAGAUUUCAUGAGGUGCAGCUUAGAGAGGGGUGCUUCAGCCUUUGUAUCUUGAAUGAAGCACAGCACCACAGGUGGUGUGGAUUCCCAUUCGGCCGGCCAGACCAUGAACCAGGCUCUGAGCAUCGCUGGGAUACUUCUUUGGCAGUGGUGCACCAACCCAGCCGGCCCAACCCCGCCUUCCCAGGCAACUGACCAUUUCAGCGAGGAGGUGGGACUCUCUUGGCCUGGGUGGUCAGCUGCCUGGGGAGGUGGGGCCAGACUGGCCAGCCUCCUGCCCAGAUUAGUGCACCACUGCUGAAGAAGGACCCCAGCGAUGAAUGGAGCCUGGUUAGUGACCUGGCCGGCUCAGGGGGACAGGGAUGGGAACUUGCACCACCUGUAGUGCUGCACUGCAUUCUAGAUGCAAAGGAUGAAGUGCCCCUCUCUAAUGGAGAUAACAGUUAAGUCCCCUUGUAAAACAAGUUAGGAGCUGGCCAGAAGGGCUAACCUCUGAGUUCCUCAGGGUGAGCAGGUGCAAAAAGAUUUAAGAUCCUGAGAGGUUGGUGGUGUAUUGCCUGUCUUCUCCAUCCUCCCAGUGCUCACAAAACAAGAAAUCAGAUUCACGGGAACGACCUCUGGCUACUGCUGAAAAAGAGCAAUCCUGACAACAUCCCUAAAUGAAUCGGUUUCAGCACAACACAUGACUUUCUCUUUGGAGCAGUUGCUGAACUGAUUGACAAUUCCCGUGAUGCAGGUGCUACGAGACUGGACAUAUUUACUGUUAAUAAAGAGAAUGUGCAAGGAGGAUUCAUGUUGUGCUUUUUGGAUGACGGGUGUGGCAUGAGCCCUCGAGAAGCUACAGAUCUUAUAUACUUUGGAAGAUCUUCUAAGCGGGCGAACCCUAAGAUGAUUGGACAUUUUGGCAAUGGCCUUAAAUCAGGGUCCAUGCGUAUAGGGAAAGACUUCAUAUUAUUCACCAAGAAAGAGAGUACAAUGACAUGCCUCCUUUUCUCUCAGACUUUUUGUGAAACUGAAGGUCUCACUGAGGUUGUAGUUCCAAUACCUUCAUGGUCAGGUCACACAAAAAAUCCAAUAACAGAUGAUUCUGAGAAAUUUGCUACACAGUUGUGCAUAAUUUGCAAAUAUUCUCCUUUCAAGAGUGAAGCAGAACUGAUGAAGCAGUUUGAUGGCAUUUAUGGAAAAACAGGAACAUUGCUGGUGGUAUAUAAUUUGAAACUCUCGGUCACAGGUGAAACGGAGCUUGAUAAUCAGACAGAUGAGGUGGACUUGUUGAUUGCUGGGGCACCUGAGAACUUUCCAGAACAACGGUCGCUGAGAGCCUAUACAGCUAUAUUGUAUUUCGACCCCCGAAUGAGGAUAUUCAUUCAAGCCCAGAAAGUAGAAACCAAACGCUUGCCUUAUUGCUUUUAUAGGCCAAGGAUGUAUCCAUAUAUAUCAUCUUCAUUCAGAGAAGUUGCUAUGAAGAAAUUGGAAGAGACUGAAAUGGAAGUGAAGGCUGCUGAAGAUGCUGUGAAAGAAGCAAAGGGUAUGCUGAAACAUAUGCAGGACUCUCACCUGUACAAAGACAAUGAGCAUGCACUGCGUGAUGCUCUGGAGAAUGAAAAGAGAAUGAGAGAAAAAUUGGACGAUAUACAAAGAAAUCUGAGAAGACCAAAAAAACUCUUCUUAAUAUUUGGAAUGAACAUUCAGAACAGAAGUCAAGAUGGCAUGCUUAUCUACAGCAAUAAUCGCUUGAUCCGGAUGUUUGAGAAAGUAGGACCACAGAAGAAUAUAGGAUCUUGUUUUGGUGCUGGAGCAGUGGGGAUUGUGGAUGUACCCACAGAAAUCAUGGAACCGACACACAACAAGCAGGCCUUUGCAAAUGUUAAGGAGUAUAACUGCUUGUUGAAAGCAAUGGGAAACUGUCUUGCUCAGUACUGGAAAGACAUAGGAAUAAGUCAAAAAGGAGAAAAGGCAUUUUGGAGUGAUUUUGGAUAUCAGAGCAACAAGUGGAAUGAAAAAGCUUCUGAGACACUUCAGUAUAAGAGAAGACGGGCAGUAGAAAUUCCUGACAUUGUUCAAUGUGAUAUGUGCCUCAAAUGGAGACUCGUGUCACUUGACAGUGAUAUAAAUCAGAGAGGAAGUCAUGACAUCUGGAACUGUGCGAAGAGCCCUAACACUUGGGAGAAUAAAUGUAGUGCACCAGAACAUUUGCCUUCCAUCGCUUUGGGCACCUUCAACCCAACUCUGUCCCUGAAUCACAGACAGAAAGCCAUCAUAGAAUCCAUUCGGGAACAUAAGAAAAGGCUGGAGGAUUUACAGUCCCAGAAACUUCAAUUGAUACCACCACACACAGUUGCCUCAUGUACCCAAACUCCUCAGGAGAAAGCAUGCCAGAGAAAUACCUUGCGUAAAGAUCCAUCUCCAGCUUGCAGACGUUCAAUUAAGAGUAGAAGAAAUAAAAGAAGCAUACAACAAUGGAGCCAUGAUAAGCUUCCACCUGUGAAGGAAAAGCGUCCCUCUGAUAGGCGGCAGCAGCCAUGUCAGGAAGAAAAAAGAAUUCCUUUUGUGCCAGAGGAGAGGAAGGAUCUCAUUUUGCCAAAGGUGUUGUGUUUUGAAGAACAAAAUGAACAACCCUACUGUGAAGAGCCUGAGGUCAUCAAAAUUGAAACAGACAGUGAGCCAGAAAUCAUUUCUAUUAUACUUUCUGAGAGUGAGACUGAAGAUUUUCCAACAUCUGAAGGGUGCAAAGACUUUUCGUUCAUGCACAAAGACAAACAGGAACCAUGUGAUGAAAAUGGAGACAGUUUCUUAAGCAUAUCAAGUUGUGUAAAUGUUGAGAAAAACUUCUCCAAAAAAGGCUCCAAAAGUGCUUCUGUAGAGACUUCAGAGGAAGACAGUAAAGGGCAGGUCCUUGUCGCUGCACAGAAGUCUGAGGCUGCAGGUUCACAUACACAAAUAUGUCAGCACAUUCCUGAAACCAAGCUAAUAGAAGCAUUAACAUCUCACAUCAAAGAGACGCUGCUGUAUAUUUUACCUGAAAGUGGUAUUUCAAGAGAACAACUUGCAUCAAUGGGUCCUGAAGAUAUUUUACUUCUGUUCAAGGUGAAAGGAGAUUUGGAAGAGAAUAAGACAAACACCUUAUAUGUUAAUCAGUUAUUUUUGCAGUACGAAGAACGUAUUACCAAAAAACUUCAGUCUAUACAACAACACGGUCUUCAGGCCGUAAGUGCCAUUGAAACAAAGCUAAGUCUGUGUGACUUACAAAUAAAGGCUACACAAGAAAAGCUUGAGCAUCUUCGUGGGAAAGUAGCUCAACUGCUCUUGAAAAUUCAUCCUCAUUUUCUUAUAAGCAACCUGGAAGAUGUUGAUAGCUUCUUGGAGGAGAGUCUGAACCUGGACAAGGCAAGUAUGCCUGAAUGUGCCAGCACCUCUGGAAUAAGUGGCCUUCCUCGCUAGAUGAAGAGAUUGCAAAACCCUUAAGCACUUCAUAAUGUCUAAAUAUACAACAAAUAGUAAACAACUCACCAAGAAUUAUCCUGCAGCAGUAUCACAGUUUGCAAGAGAGUUUACAAAGGAAAGGAUACAGAUUAACCCUAAAGUCCCAGAUACCUUUUACUGGCUGUGUCCAAGUGGUACCAGAACCAAUCCCAUCCCCCAUUGUUCCUUUGCAACAUCUCUUCAUUAUACUGGAAUGUUCCAUUCUGGUCCUAUUGAAAUACACAAAUGUGGUCCAACAAAUGGUCUCUGUGUUCUUCUCUCUUCUGUUGUGGAAUUACUUGCAUAUUUAAUUUUCUGUUUAUUUGGCAGUGUUAACCUCACAAACCAUAAUGUGUUAUCUUACGCUAUUAGAAAGGCUGGACUUUUUCCAAGAAAAGGAAAGGUUUUCAAUUGAAGUUAUUGUUGCUACAAAUUACCUUG